CCAAGGAGCGUUCUCGGUCCGAAAGAUGUGGGAGUAAGGGAAUCAGUGAGUGUGCAGCAGUGUCCUGCGCUUCAGGACUCGUCCUCAGCACUCAGCCUGCAACAAACCUCAUCGUUUCUCUCCGCCUCUCGUCCUCCCUCUUGACUCCCCUUCUCUGCAGCUGCCUCCAAAGCUGCCCAUCACUGAAAAUUCUUUUGCGUUGCUUCUUUUCUGUUCCCCUCCGCUCCUCAUCUUUGAGUGAGAAUGGAGUGAGAGCACUUCAUUCUGUCCUCCUUCAGUCACGCUCCAUGGGUAUCCGUGCGUCCUGCAGACCAGAUCCACACGGUCGUGGAGGCGGGUUCCAGGCGGGCCAAGCCGACUCACCUCUGCCAGAUCAGGAUGAGGAGAUCCUCGGCUCCGACGAUGAUGAGCAGGAAGACCCAAACGACUACUGCAGAGGUGGAUACCAUCAUGUGAAGAUUGGAGAUCUGUUCAAUGGGAGAUACCAUGUCAUCCGCAAACUGGGCUGGGGGCACUUUUCUACCGUCUGGCUGGCGUGGGACAUCCAAGAAAGGCGCUUUGUGGCAAUGAAAGUGGUGAAGAGUGCAGAACAUUACACAGAAACCGCACUGGACGAGAUCAAACUGCUCAAAUCUGUGAGGAACACGGACCAGAGUGAUCCCAACAGAGAAAAAGUGGUGCAGCUUCUCGAUGACUUCAAGAUUUCUGGCAUGAAUGGCACUCAUGUGUGCAUGGUAUUUGAAGUAUUGGGGUACCACCUUUUGAAGUGGAUCAUCAAGUCCAACUACCAAGGGCUUCCUCUCCCCUGUGUGAAAAGCAUCAUUAGACAGGUCCUGCAGGGUUUGGAUUACCUCCACACCAAGUGCAAGAUCAUCCACACAGACAUCAAACCGGAGAACAUCCUCAUGACCGUCAACGAACCCUACAUCAAGAAAAUGGCUGCCGAGGCAACGCAGUGGCAGAAAUCCGGUGCUGCUCCUCCCUCAGGCUCAGCAGUGAGCACAGCACCAGCAACCAAAACAACGGCCAAAAUGUCCAAGAAUAAAAAGAGGAGAAUGAAGAAGAAGCAAAAGAAACAAGCAGAGCUGUUGGAAAAGAGGAUGCAGGACCUGGAGGAGGGUAUGACUGCUGAAGGAAAGGAGGAGGAAGAGGACGAUGAAGAGGAGACAGCCGAGACCACCGAUGACACCACAUCCUCAGCCACGCUGUCGACGUCCGCCACGCUGCAGGACAUUGACAACAACUUGACCACAGACUCCUCCCCAGACGAACAACCCAAACAGAUCUUGCAAGGAUCAGAGUGCGCUGAGGACACAAAGGAAAAUGGCCUCGAUGUCAACUGCAAUGGCUGUGCAACCACGCCGGAGAAGGGUGCUGCUGUGGCCGGUCAGGCGUCCGAAACCAGUGCGUCCACCGAAGAUCAAGACCAAGAAAACGCAAACAAGCCCCAAAGCGCACAGAACAAUGAUUUGUGCAGUAAAUUCGAACAGCAGAUGUGUAAUGGUUCCACCGAAGCUUCCGAGCUUCAAACGCCUACAAAUGGCCUUCAACCCGACUCUGAGUCCGUCUGCGCCAAGUUCACUGACAAAGAGAAAGCGGGGAAGGAAGAGGACAUGGACACUCGAGUGGAGAACAAAGCACCUGCUGACGAUAAAGCAAAUCACCAAAAUGAAGCAUCAACUAUGUUGGUAAAUCCUCUGGAGCCGCUCAACGCUGACAAGCUGCAGGUGAAGAUUGCCGACCUCGGCAACGCCUGCUGGGUGCACAAACACUUCACGGACGACAUCCAGACCAGACAGUACCGCUCGCUGGAGGUGCUUCUUGGUUCUGGCUACAGCACCCCUGCAGACAUCUGGAGCACGGCCUGCAUGGCCUUCGAACUUGCUACUGGAGACUAUCUGUUUGAACCUCAUUCGGGAGAAGAUUACUCCAGAGAUGAAGAUCACAUCGCACUCAUCAUCGAGCUGCUUGGCAAAAUUCCUCGAAAGCUGAUCACAGCUGGAAAGUACUCCAAAGAGUUUUUCACCAAGAAAGGAGACCUGCGUCACAUCACCAAGCUGAAGCCGUGGGGUUUGUGCGACGUGCUGGUGGAGAAGUACGAGUGGCCCUCUGAGGAGGCCCAAACAUUCAGCAGCUUCCUGCAGCCCAUGCUGGACCUGGUGCCCGAGAGGAGGGCCACCGCCGCCCAGUGCCUCGCCCAUCCAUGGCUCACCUCGUAGGCGGGUGCAGGGCUCCAGCUAAAGCUUCUGGGCACGGAGGAACAUGACCCCUGAUACCAGCGCUCUGUCCUAUCUGCAUCUCUUACAUUCAAGUCCCGACGCUGCUGAAGUGGUCCUGGUCCCAGAACCAAGAGAUGCUUCUCCACUGUGGCUCUGUUCAUAAGCUGCUACCAAGUUUCCUUCAUCAUUCUCGUGUUUCCACAACUGUCACACUUUCACAUGCUUUAAACGUGCUAUAUUUUGGGUGGGGGGGAGUCAGUUAAAAGACAUGCUCCACUCAGUGCCAUUGAAUCCAGAAUUAAUAUGAGAAGCACAUCUGUGUAUUGCUGUCGCCAUGACACCGUGCCAGCUUCUGCAUUUGGCUGCUUCAAGAGCUUCAGAUUAAUGACAGUGUAAUGCACACCAGCAUGAAGAGGUCAGUGACUCCGCAGCGCUAGGCUUCGACGGCAAGAGAGGAAGAUCGUUUUGUAUGUUUGUAUGCUGCUGAGCAGGAGGAGUUAUGCCUUUUAUACACUCGAGACAACAAUCACUUCCACAUGCUGAACUUUGUUUGGUAAAAUAGCACUUGACUCAAGAGAAAAACAUUCUGCUUUAUUGAUGCUGAAUAGAUGGCCUGUCAUUUCCAACAUGGGAGGGCGCUGUGGCGGAGUUGUAGCCAGGAAGACCUCUGAAGUCCACUACGAAGCUGCUUUUUUGGAUGAAUGAAAUUGCUGACAUUUUUCUACUGCCUCCACGACCCCCUUCCUUUGAUUCCCGUCUUGUUUUAAAGAAUAAUAAAAAAUGUUUUUCCAACUGUUACUC